AUGAGAGCCCAUUCUCUCCGUCUGCUCCGCACAGCGACACGAUGUAGUCGCGCGCGGCCGCAGCUGCCGUCCUCCGUCUUGGCGCAAUGCGCGCUCCGGCUGUCCUCGACCUCGGCGCCGUCGCAGGGCGAGCGGACGUGGUCGACGCCGCUCGCGCAGUUCCUCGGGCAGGCGAUCACGACGACAGGCCCCAUCUCGGUCGCGGCGUACAUGCGCCAGUGCCUCACGUCGGAGCUGGGCGGGUACUACACGCGCGCGCCGACGGCGGGCGAGGACCAGUUCGGCGCCAAGGGCGACUUCGUGACGUCGCCCGAGAUUAGCCAGGUCUUCGGCGAGCUGAUUGGGAUCUGGCUGUACGCCGAGUGGCUCGCGCAGGGCCGCCGCGACAAGGUGCAGAUCAUCGAGGUCGGACCCGGCAGAGGCACGUUGAUGGACGACGUGCUGCGGACGCUGUCGAGCUUCAAGCGCAUGACGAGCAGCAUCGACGCCAUCUACCUGGUCGAGGCGAGCCCGCACCUGCAGAAGCAGCAGGCCCUGCGCCUGGCAGGCACCGAGCAGCUGGAGAAGAGUGACGUUGGAUGGAGGGCCAAGUGCAAGUACUUGCCGGACGUCGACAUACAGUGGUGCGAGGACAUUCGCUUUGUGCCCAAGGACGAGACGGGCACCCCCUUCAUCCUCGCCCACGAGUUCUUCGACGCCCUGCCCAUCCACGUCUUCCAGAACGUCGCCCAGUCGUCGAUACCCAAGGCCUCCACCAUCAUGACCCCAACCGGGCCCAUCACGCCCAAGCACGGCCCGACUGCGCCAGGACACCAGUGGCACGAGCUCGUCGUCUCGCCCACGAACCCAUACGCGUCCACCACCCUCAAGCCCGGCGAGGAGAAGCAGGACUUUGAGAUGACCGUCUCCAAGUCGCCGACCCCGCACUCCCUCUACCUCCCCAAGAUGAGCCACCGCUACAAGAAGCUCGAAAAGACACCCGACGCCAUCAUCGAAAUCAGCCCAGAGUCGCUAUCCUACAUCUCUGACUUCGCCGUGCGCAUCGGCGGCAGCGAGGGUGCAACCUCGCGCCCACCCUCUCCAGGGACCGGCGGCGCACCGACAGCCAAGCCUGUAUCCUCCCCGGACGCACCCUUCACGAAGACGGAACCCAGCGGCGCAGCCCUAAUCCUCGACUACGGCACCACCGACACCAUCCCCGCAAACACCCUGCGCGGCAUCCGAAACCACCGCCCCGUGUCGCCCUUUGUCUCGCCCGGCCUCGUCGAUCUGAGCGCCGACGUGGAUUUCCUCGCCCUCGCCGAGUCCGCGCUCCAAGCCAGCGACGGCGUGGAAGUGCAUGGACCCGUCGACCAGAGCUUCUUCCUGGCGACUAUGGGCAUCAAAGAGCGAGCUGACCGACUGCUGCGGAACGCAAAGGACGAGGAGACGCGGAAGAGGCUGGAGGGCGGGUGGACGAGACUGGUUGAUCGCGGGCCGAAUGGCAUGGGCAAGUUGUACAAGGCUAUGGCUAUACUGCCGUACACGGAGGGGAAGAAGGUGCGGCGGCCCGUUGGGUUUGGUGGAGAUUUGCUGGGUUGA